AUGGAUAUGGGAACCAGAUCAUGGCACGUUCAUACAAAGGGCCAAUUCGCUGGAACCUGUAUUGGUAUUUUCCUUAUUGUUGUAGCUGCCCAAUGGUUACAUAGAGUCAGUUAUGAGUAUGAUUACGCUAUAGUCCAACGUGCUCGUCUUUCAACUAAAGAUGACUGUUGUCCUUGUCCAGAAGACAGCGAAUCUGUUGGAAAGGGAAGCGAUACACCUCAGCACAGUGCUUUACAAACAGCUCCUAAUCCAUAUACCCAUGCUUUGUCUCAUUCUUGGUUAUGGAGACUGCUUCCAGGAAUUAGACCAACCCCAUCCGAACAUAUCAUUAGAACUGCUUUGUUUGCUAUUCAAUGGGGGUUAGCUUACUUAAUCAUGUUGUUCUUUAUGUAUUACAAUGGCUAUGUUAUUUUCUCCUGUAUCUUGGGUGCUUUCUUUGGAAAACUUAUCUUUUCUUAUACCGAAACCAUGUCAGGUCAAGAACAUUGCGUAACCAAAUGUGGCCAUUGA